UUGCCGGAACUUUGCGUGCUGGUCCCGCCCAGCCGCUCUUCCCAGGACACUGGCGUCUGUGGGCCAGCGUAGCUGUCCCUACGAAGUCUGGUACGUCCGCUAAAUUUAACUCUGAAGGUCUGUGGGCAGCCUGAGUGCGGAGGAGCGGCCUGAACACUCCACCUCCCCCUGGAAACGUUUUUCCGUAAAGCAACAUGGCGGCGCCCAUGAACUCUUAGAGAAGGAGAAAGCUUUUUUUUCUGUGUACUGAAAGGGACGUUUUUCAUGAUCACUAUUUAGAUGGGUGCUGUUUUCAUGAGGAGAGUCUGGGAAGGCGGCGUCCGCUUUUCUGACAAGGGAAGCGGUGAGCACACUUUGUUCUUUUAAGGAUUCAAUGACUCCUGAGUUGGAAGAUGUGGACCUAGUUAGACCCAAGGAACAAAGCAAGAAGUCAUGUGGGACCCAGGAAGACAGGAGGACCCAUUGGAAUUCCAGAAACAAGAUCAGGUUUUAACCCCCUUUGGCCAAGUUGGCUGAAAAUGUUGAAUUAUCAACUCAGAAAUGAAAAAGAAAGUUUAUAUUAAAACAUUGCAAUUUUCUUAGAAUUUCUGUAUAUAUUAACAUUUUGUGAAUGCUAAAUUCUCUUCAGUGUGCCUGUCUGGUUUACAUACUCGUGCAUCGAAUCUAUCUGUGUGUAUGAAGUAUAUGUUUGUUGAAAUAUAAGACAUUUAAGAAGCUGAUCUGGAAAGUUGGAUUUUACUUCUAGUUCCUAACUACCAGGGUUUUUUUUGAAGGAAGGGAAUGUCUGUGGUACACCAGUUGUCAGCUGGAUGGUUACUGGAUCAUCUUUCUUUUAUCAACAAGAUAAACUAUCGACUUCACCAGCAUCACGAACCUUGUUGCAGUAAAAAUGAGUUCACUACUUCUGUCUACUUUGAUUCUCUUCAAGUGGAUUCUGUGUCCUCCUCUGGAGCGUGUGCUACAUUUAUUGCUUCGGACUGUACCACCAAGCCAGAGAAUGAUGAUGGAGGAUAUUAUGAAAUGUUCACACAAAAAUUUGUUUUUCGACCUGAAUUGUUUGAUGUCACCAAACCUUAUAUAACUUCAGCUGUUCACAAAGAAUGCCAGCAAAGUAAUGAAAAGGAAGAUCUGAUGAAUGGUGUUGAAAAAGAAAUCUCCAUUUCUAUUAUUGAGAAGAAGCGUAAAAGAUCUGCUGUUUUCAAUCAAGGUGAAUUAGAUGCUAUGGAAUACCAUAGAAAGAUGAGGAAGCUGAUUUUGGAUGGAUCUCUACAAUUAAUCCAAGAAGGUCUCAAAAGUGGUUUUCUUAAUCCACUUUUUGAAAAACAGGACAAGUGUAGUAAGCCCAUUAUUUUACCACUUGACACCUGCAAUUUGUCAGAAUUAUGUGAAAUGGCAAAGCAUUUGCCUUCUCUGAAUGAAAUGGAACAUCAGACAUUGCAAUUGUUGGAAGAGGGUACAUCCGUUACUGAACAAGAUUUAUUUUUACGAGUUGUUGAAAACAACUCUAGCUUUACAAAAAUGAUUACUUUAAUGGGACAGAAAUACCUGCUGCCACCGAAAAGCAGUUUUCUUUUAUCUGACAUUUCUUGUAUGCAACCACUUCUGAACUGUAAGAGGUACAGUUAUUUGUCACCUCUGCAAAUAAAACAAAUACCAAUCCCUAAAUUGGCUGCUCCAAACUGUCUUGUUGUUACUUGGGUGACCAAUAGACAGAAGCAUCUAUGUUUUAUAAAGGAAGAACUUUAUCCCUCUUGGUCUGUGGAGAUAGUUGCUGAAUGGCACUGGGUGAAAAUAACCAGUUCAGGAGAGUUUGUGUUCCCAUUAGAUUCUCCACACAAAAAGCCUUAUGAAGGUCUCAUACUGGGGAGAGUUCAAGAAAAAACUGCUCUACCAUUGAGGAAUGCAGAUGGAAAUGUGAUCCCUAUUCCAGACCACAAACUAAUUGUCAGCGUGCCCUGUACUCUUCACUCACAUAAGCCACCGCUUGCUGAGGUUUUAAAAGACUACAUCAAGCCAGAUGGGGAAUAUUUGGAAUUGUUUGCUCGAAAUUUACAGCCAGGUUGGACUAGUUGGGGCAAUGAAGUUCUCAAAUUUCAGCAUAUGGAUUACUUUAUUGCUCUGGAGUCUGGAAGCUGACUAUGAUCUUGUUUAAGGAAUUGGUUUCUUCAUUGUUUCCUCACCACUUUUCCAUUAUUCUAACUCAUUUUUUAUUUUGUUACCAACCCAUAUGCUUAGAAUAUAAACAGGACUUGGUUUUUCAGUAAGGGACCAGAAAUGACUAGCCUUUACGUAAUUUUGAGGUGGAUUUUACUUGAGUUGCACUAAUCUUCUAUGUUAUUCUAGAUUAUACAAAUUAAGUGGUAAGCAGUUAUAAAGAUGGCAAGACCAUGCUAUUGAAAAAGUUCAGAAAACAUACACCGUGGACCAGAGAUCAUAACUGUAUCUGUGGAUGUGUUUUGUGUGGCCUGUAUGGUAUUGUAAAAUACAUUUAGAACCAUCAUUCUAAAAAAUGGGAAUAUUUCACAUAAAAGUCCAGAUUUCUGCUUCUUUGUAAACAUCAGAGGCUCUGGCUACACUGAGGCCUCUGUUUUUUCCUGACAUUAGUCUGCAGGACCUAGUGGUGGUGGCUGACUUGGGAAGAGCCUUGUGCUCUCCACUUUACCACAGUACCACUGCCGCCAUGCUGCUCCCUUAUAUCAUCCACUUGGCCCUUGUAUGACCUGAAUUUGCAACCUCUGCUGUACUAUUAACAUUCUGGAAAAAAUAUUCAAAGACCUGCCAAGUACUGCAUUUGUGUACUGAUUUUAUACACCAUUUCCUUAGGGGUUUAAAUUGCAUUCAAGGUCACCUUCCAAGCAUUUUCUCUUCUAGGAGAAAAUGAAAAGAUACUCUUUAUAAUAAACAUGUCAGCAAAAACUGUGAUUGUGAAAAAAAUAUUAUUUGCAGAUUUUCUACAAAUAAUGUCUACCAAGUAAAAUAAUUUGACUGAAAUAAUUCUUUGAAAUGCAUAUUGAUUUGUUAUGUAUUAACUUUUUAGAUAUGGAGGUAUAAUUUUCACAAAAUAAAGUUCUCCAAUUUUCAGUGUCGAAUUCAGUGAUUUUGAAAACAUAUAUACAGCUGUCUGUCUGCCACAGUGAUCAUGACACAGAACACUUUCUUCACCUCAAAAACUUCUCAUUUGUCCUUUUGCAGUCAAUCCCCUCCUCCUAUCCUUGGCCCCUGGCAAACAGUGGUUUGCUUUCUAUCAUUAGUUCUGCUGUUUGAGAACUUCAUAUAAAUGGAAUCAUGCAAUGUUUAAUCUAUUGUGCCUGGCGUCUUUCACUUAGUAUUUUGAGAAAGGCAUUUAUACUAUUUACAGAUUGUCGACAAAUAUUUAUCCACUAAGUAAAAUGUUAGGCUGAAAUGAUUCUUUGACAAGCUUGCCAAUUUACUGAUUUUGUCAAGGAAAAAUAUGUUAUUUUUGAAGUUUGUUCAUCCUUUGAGUGCAUGAGUAUAGUAUCAGAGGCUUAAUUUUGUGUUUAUGGAUCUAUUCUAACUUAUUUAAAACGAAAAAGGUAUUAAACUUGAAGCAACUUCUC